AUGUCGUUCCAGUCGCUGGCGCUGCUGCAGCAGGCGCAGCAGCACGCCGCGGCGGCAGCCAACUCGACCCCUGGACCUCCUCCUCCGCACCGGCCGUCCGAGGGAGCAGGCGGCCAGCCCAACGCGUCGACGUCGGCAGGCGCCUCGGCGGACAGCUCUGCCGGCCCGCCAGAGAAGAAGAAGCGGCGCAGGACCGCAGAAGACGGCAAGCGGUACCCGUGCGACUUUGCUGGCUGCGGCAAAGCCUUUUCUCGACCCGACCACCUCAGCCGCCACAAGCUCAAUCACAACCCGAGCCAGAUCUACGAGUGCACGAGAUGCCCCAAGACGUUCGUCCGCAUGGACCUCCUCGUGCGGCACACGGAGCGCCACGAGCGCAAGGAGCGCGGCGACGAGCCGCUCGACACGGCGCGCAAGACGGAGCGCAAGCGUGCCGGGUCGGCCUCGGCGCAAGGGUCGGCGAGCGGGAGCAGGCCGUACGACGGCGCGCCGUCGCACUCGUCGGCGCCCGGCUACGCCGCCGACCAGAACCAGGCGAUGCAGCAGAGCAUCUUCAACGCGCUCCCCGGGUCCAGCGUCAACAUGCCGUCGAUGCCGACCUUCGCCAUGCUCCAGCAGAACGACCUCAACGUCCACACCCCCUCGUCCGCCACCUACUCGACCCUGUCCCCACACGCCCUCUCGACCCAUUCGGGCUCGCCCGCCGACAACGCCUUCUCGGCCCCGCCUACCGCCUCGAGCUCGAUGCCGUCCGGGCCCUCCCCGCCCGCCGUCUUUGCGAGCUCGCUCGUCAUCCCCGCCGACUUUGCCGGCCGCACCCCGGACGGCUCGAUGACGGGCAUCUCGCCCCAGGCGCACCCGCCACAUCACCAGAUGCACGCCGCUCAGCAGCAGCAGCAGCAUCAGCAGCAUCAGCAGCAUCAGCAGCAUCAGCAGCAGCAGCAGCAGGCGCAGGCGCAGGCGGUCGCGCAGGCGCAGGCGCAGGCCCAGUCGCACCAAUCGACGCCGGGCGCGCUCUCGCUCGUCGACCAGGCGCUCGCCGCCGGACACGCUCUCGCCUCGUCCGGCGUCCCGCACCACCCUCCACCUCCGACGAUCGUGCCGAAUCACUCGCCGUUCGCCUACAACGCGCAGCAGCCGCUCCCGCCGACGAUGCAGCACGACUUCGAGGAGCCGUUCAACUUCCUGUCGAGCAGCUACGGCGCGCCGUUCGUGAGCAACAACGACUACUCGUGGCUGUUCGCGCCGGACCAGUCGUUCGACGUGCACUUUGCGGCGAGCCGGCCGGCGUCGCCGAGCGCAGGCGGCGGCAACGAGUUCCUGUCGGGCAUCUCGGGCAUGUACGGCGGCACCGGCCUCGGCGGGACGCAGACGCCCGCACGUCUCGCAGCGGUCGCCAACGCGCUUCACGCGCACGGCGCCAUCAGCAGCCAGCUCGACAAGGUGUCGCGCCAACUCGAGGCGACCGUCUCGCAGCAGCAGCAGCAGUCGCAUCCGCCUCAUCCGCAGCACCAGCACCACCAGCACCACCAGCAUCACCAGCCGCAACCGCAUCACUCGCCGCCGAUCGACAUGCUCGGCCUGCACCACCCGCAACCGCAUCAUCACGCUCGUCAGCCGAGCCCGGCCAAGCUCGAGCCCGUCCAGGAGGAGGAGCGCUCGCCCAUACAGGACCCUGUGCCCAACGGCUACAGCGUCGCCAACGACGUCGUGCCCGACCCGAACGACCCGACCACUUUUGUCGACGACGUGACCCGCACCCGCGUCCUCGACUACCUCGGCUCGGACUGGUCGUACCUCCGAGACGACCCUCGACUCGGCGUGCAGCAGAUGGCGCACUACCUCGCCCUGUUUUGGGUCAAGGUGCACGAGACGCAGGCGCCGGCUGUACACCGAGCGUCCUUCCGUCCCGAGCACGCGCCGGUCCCGCUCCUCCUCGGCAUGAUGCUCCUCGGGUCCUACUUUGCGCCGCCCGAAUCGUACCAGCUCGCCGUCCAGCUCCACCCGUGGUUCCGCGGCAAGGUCCUGUGUUCGCCCGACUUCCGCCCGAGGUCCGAGAUCUGGCUCAUGCAGACGAUGCUCCUCAUCGUCGUCUUCGGCAAGCUCUGCAGCACCCGCAUGGACCACGAGAUGAGCCACAUCUUCCAGUCGUCCUUCAUCCAGCUCGGUCGUCGCGGCGGCCUCUUCUCGCAGCGUGUGACCGAGAUCCCGCCCGACAAGGAGGACGACCUCGAGUUCCGGUGGCACGCCUGGAUCGACGAGGAGGUGGCCAAGCGCCUCGCCCAGAUCGUCUUUGCCCUCGACGUCGAGCAUGCCGCCUUCUUCCGCCACGCGCACACGCUCUCGGCCUUCCAGAUCCAGCUCCCGUUGCCGUGCGACGAGGACCAGUGGGAGGCGACGAGCGCCGCCGAGUGGAAGCACCUCCACGACCAGCAGCGUCAGCCGAUCCAGUUCAUCUCGGCGCUCAAGGCGAGCCUGACGGCCGUCAACGAGGCGACGUCGCUCAACCCGUUCUCGCGCAUUGCCGUCCUGCACGGCCUUCUCAGCGUUGCUCAAGACCUGCAGUGGCGCGACCACGUCCUCGGCUUCUCGUCGCCCGAGCGCCGGUCGCAGAACUGGCGCGACAUGAUCUCGUCGGCCUACAACCUGUGGAAGCAGCGUCUCGACGAGGCGCUCGUACACGCUCCGCCGGCGACGACGCAGCUCCUGCGCGCCAGCAUCAGCCUGUACGCGACGGCCCAGAUCACGUUCAGCAUCGACAUCCACGAGCUCCAGAUCUACGCCGGCGCCGAGACCGCCGCCGGCCUCAUCGUCUCGCCGCCCGUCUUCCACGCGACCGAGCAGCGCAUCCGCAUGUGGUCGGGCUCUCGCGAGGGCAGGGCGUCGACGUGGCACGCCGUGCACUUCCUCCGCAGCUGCCUGCAACAUUGGCGACAGUCGACGGCAGACUUGGCGAUCGACGGCACUCACGCUACCCCUGAGCCGUACCACAGAGGCUGCCUGCACCACCGCUGGACGGUCUACCUCGCAUUCCUCGCCGUUUACGCCUUCGGUCGCUCGACAUCCGGCCAUCCCGCAACGCCUCGCCAGAACUACCAGGAGGCGGCAAUGACGUACCUCGACGCCAUGUGCACCGGCACGCCCGACGGCCUGCUCGCGGUCCCGAACAAGCAGAACUGCCUCGACCUGUGCAUGACGGUCCAGGAGUACAUUCGCGACACGCGCUGGGAGCUCGUGCAAGACGCAGCACGCAUCCUGCAGAAGCUCAUCAAGCAGCAGCCGGGCACGCCGUCGUUCUGAACUCUCCCAUCCUCCCUUUCCUUCCCGCCUCGCCCCCCUCGUCGCCCUAAUCCUCCUCGCCCUCCUCUCUCGCCUUCCCCUCCUCGCAACCUGUACAUCCUCGAUACCUUCGCCUAUACAAGAGCGUCGGCGCGCGUCGAGCUCGCCGUCGACGGUCCACAGCCCCCCCUAGACAACGCCCUCUUGCCUCUCCUCCCUCUCUCUCUCCUCGACUCGUUGUGCCGGAUGUUCGGGCCCGUCUCUUUGUGCAGAGCUUCCCUUGUACUUAGGCCUCUCUA